GAAGAAGCAAUAUUUUAUAGAAAGUUGUGCAGUGGGGUGUUGCCCGACGUCAGGCCAAUUCAAGUUUCUCAUGCUUGUUUGGGACAUGAGGAAUGGGGUCCGAGUAGCUAAAGUACAGACUUUGGGUAAUGGUGAAUGGAGGAGUGUGGACAAUGUACCCUUGAAUAAGCUAGCGGGUGGAUGCUUUCUAAAUGGGUCUGGUCACUGGUAUGGUGGGGCGUCCAUAUGGUCCUUUCAUUAUGGAAAAGAGAAGUUUUUGCGAAUCCCACUACCUGAUGAUAUCAUCAUCAUCAAUGCAACUUAUAGGAAAAGGGUGAAAAACUUGGCUGUUUUAGACUCUUGCCUUUGCGUGAUAUGCUUCUCCUUUUUUAACCCGAGGGGUAGUGUUGCGAUGGACUUAUGGAUUACGAAGGAGUAUGGGGUUAAAGAAUCUUGGGUGAGACAAAUUGUCACGGUGAAUAAUGAAUGGUGUCUGCCUCUAAUGCGCACGGAUAAGGGAAAAAUACUCAUAAUGAGAGAGAAUGAAUUAUAUCUAUGUGAUCCACGAACCGAGGUUAUUGAAAGAGUCAAGUUUGAGAUCAAUGGGCAUUCUAAGUACACGGAGCAAUUUGCGAUAUGUGAUGCAACUUUCUUUAGGCUUUGAAGAUUCAGGUUAUACUUUCUGCUCAUGUCUCAAUGAAAACUUAUGUUUCAAGUUGGUUGUUUUUUUUUAGAGUAAAUUCCAUAAAAGGUCUCCAGUUAUUGGUCGUUUUACAUAUUUAGUCCCUACUUAUCAAAUAUUACUAAUUUAGUCCCCAAUUAUUAUAUUCAUUUUCACGAAUGGUCCUUUGUUAGCAUUUAAGUUAAGAAUGUGGAUAAAAUUGUAAAUUCACACUCUUUUUAGUCCUCAAUUAAGCUUCCUUUCUUCCCUCGCACUCAUUUCCCAAAUCUGUCGCUGAGUUUGAAGCUUUGAACCCAAAACCGAAAUCAUCACUUUUCUCCCAAUUGUUUGUCUAACUAGUGGAAUCCAAAUUCGAAACCAGUAACCUUCAUGAAUGAGUUUUAAUGUUUAUUUUUUUACAAUUUCUUGAGCCUAACUGAUAAAAUUUAUCCAUAAAGCUUAUUGAUUUUGAUUUUAGGUUCUACCAGGAAGACUAAUAAUUGAGAGAAAAAUGAUCAUUUCAGUUUUGGGUUUAGAGCUUCAAUCUCAGCGACGAGUUUGGGAAAGAGUACGAGAGGAGGGAGGAAGCUGAAUUGAGGAGAAAGAAAAGUAUGAAUAUACAAUUUUAUCCAUGUUCUUAACAAAAACGUUAACAAAGG